ACUUCGCCACGUAGGUGCCAUUUGCACAUACCGGCGAUAUUUCUGGUCUUUAAACUUGCCGUUUUUCACCCCAUUAUCAGUGCCAAAUCAGCCAUGGCGUCUUCAGAUAACUCGUGCUAUACCUUGAUCAAUGUCCAUUCGGACAGUGAACCACCCAAUGAGAUGACUCUCAAACAAGACCUUGAAAAGGGUGACGUCAAGACAAAGAUUGAUGCACUAAAGAAAGUCAUCCAGAUGAUCCUGAAUGGAGAGAAACUUCCUGGGAUCCUCAUGACAAUCAUCCGCUUUGUUAUGCCAAUGCAGGACCACACCAUCAAGAAGCUCUUGUUGGUCUUCUGGGAAGUUGUACCCAAAUAUUCUGGUGAUGGCAAACUUCUCCAUGAGAUGAUUCUUGUGUGUGAUGCUUACAGAAAGGAUCUUCAACAUCCAAAUGAGUUCAUUCGUGGCUCCACGUUGAGGUUUCUCUGCAAACUGAAAGAACCAGAACUUGUUGAACCUCUGAUGCCUGCAAUCAGAGCUUGUCUCGAGCAUAGGCACUCCUAUGUCAGGAGGAAUGCCGUACUCGCCAUCUUCACCAUUUACAAGAAUUCAGACACACUGAUCCCAGACGCGCCAGAACUAAUUGCAAACUUCUUGGAAGGAGAACAAGACGCGUCAUGCAAGAGGAAUGCAUUCAUGAUGUUGAUCCAUGCCGAUCAAGACCGUGCCCUCAGCUAUCUCAGCAGUUGUAUUGAUCAGGUUCACUCGUUUAACGACAUCCUUCAGCUGGUCAUCGUUGAGCUGAUUUACAAGGUCUGCCAUGCUAACCCAUCAGAACGUGCUCGGUUCAUCCGAUGCAUCUACAACUUGUUGAAUUCAUCCAGCCCUGCUGUCCGUUAUGAAGCAGCAGGAACAUUGGUCACAUUAUCCAGUGCUCCCACGGCAGUCAGGGCUGCUGCAAGUUGCUACAUUGAGCUGAUUGUGAAGGAGAGUGAUAACAAUGUCAAACUGAUCGUCUUGGAUCGUUUAAUCGGCCUCCGAGAGAAUCCCAGUCAUGAGAAAGUGCUACAUGAGCUAGUGAUGGACAUUCUACGUGUGCUUGCUGCCCCUGAUUUGGAGGUCAGGAAGAAGACACUGAAUCUUGCUCUGGAUCUUGUUUCAUCAAGAAAUAUAGAAGAGAUGGUGCUCGUUCUCCGUAAAGAAGUCGUCAAAACAAAUGAUUCUGUUGAACACGAGGACAUCGGGAAAUACAGACAGCUGUUGGUGCGGACGCUGCAUCAAUGUACUGUCAAGUUCCCUGAUGUAGCCUGUAAUAUCAUACCCGUGUUGAUCGAGUUCUUAAGCGACCAGAAUGAAAUGGCUGCGGUGGAUGUGCUGGUAUUCAUCCGUGAGGCAAUCCACAGAUUCGAAGAUAUGCGUUCUCUCAUCAUCAGCAGACUACUUGAUGUUUUCCCUAGCAUCAAAUCCACAAAAAUAUUCCGAGCGGCAUUAUGGAUCUUGGGAGAAUAUUGUACAACCAAGGAAGACAUCCAAAGUGUGAUGACCAUCAUCAGGCAAUCUCUGGGGGAUAUUCCCAUUGUUGAAGAUGAAAUCAGAAAAGCAGCUGGGGACACCAAGGAUGAUGAUGACCAACUGAUGUCUGCCUCCGGUGGUGUCCAAACAUUGGUCACAGCAGAUGGAACAUAUGCGACUCAGAGUGUGUUCAGUACUGCAUCUACAUCAAAGAAGGCUCAGGAGAGACCACCACUGCGCCAGUAUCUCAUGGAUGGCGACUUCUUCAUCGGUGCCUCCUUGGCUACAAAUCUAACCAAGCUCGCACUCCGUUACCUCACAAUAACAGAUGACAAGAAAAGACAAAAUUCGUUUGUUGCGGAAUCCAUGCUAAUCAUGGCGACGAUAAUCCAUCUGGGUAAAUCAGGUAUGCCAUCUAAGCCGAUCACUGAUGACGAUGUCGACCGUAUUGCCCUCUGCCUGCGCGUGCUGUCUGAAAGGAACACGCUGAUGUUUGAGAUCUUCAAUGAGUACUGCCGCCAGUCACUCAACAACAUGCUCCUCUCGAAAUCAGAAGAGGAGAAAGAUUCUCAGAAGGCUGAGAAGAAAACCAUACGUGCCCAGGCAGACGAUCCCAUCAACUUCCUGCAGCUGGUUUCCAAGGGAGAUAUUGGUCAAGUUGAGAACAUGUUUGAGCUGACGCUGUCACAGGCUUUGGGAACAACUGGGAAGAAAGAGGCUGACUUGACCAGUGCUUCUAAACUGAACAAGGUGACUCAGUUAACUGGUUUCUCAGACCCUGUCUAUGCUGAGGCAUACGUCCAUGUAAAUCAGUAUGAUAUUGUGCUAGAUGUGUUGAUUGUCAACCAGACUUCAGAUACCCUGACAAGCCUCACCCUGGAGUUGGCCACGCUUGGAGACCUUAAAUUAGUUGAGAAGCCUUCUCCAGUUACAUUGGCUGGUCAUGAUUUCUGCAACAUCAAGGCCAGUGUGAAGGUCGCAUCAACAGAAAAUGGCAUCAUCUUUGGCAAUAUUGUGUAUGAUGUCAGCAAUAAGAGUAACGACCGCAACUGUGUAGUACUGAAUGAUAUUCACAUUGACAUCAUGGACUACAUCGUCCCUGCCACGUGUACCGAUACGGAGUUCCGGCAGAUGUGGGCCGAGUUUGAGUGGGAGAAUAAGGUGUCUGUUAAUACAAACGUGACAGAUCUUCAUGAUUACAUCCAGCAUCUUAUCAAAUCUACAAAUAUGAAAUGUCUUACUCCUGAAAAGGCUUUACUUGGUGAUUGUGGAUUCAUGGCAGCUAACAUGUACGCAAAGUCAAUAUUUGGGGAAGACGCGCUGGCAAAUGUUAGCAUAGAGAAACCACUCCACUUGGGGCCUGAUGCACCGGUCACAGGACAUAUCAGAAUCAGAGCAAAGAGCCAGGGCAUGGCUUUAAGUUUAGGAGACAAGAUCAACUUAUCACAGAAGAAAGCUGUCAAAUCUCCAGGAGCUUGACUUGGAUGGUGCGGUACUUGACUAGUCAGCAUUCCAGUGAACUUUCUACCGACUUCACUUCUUAUUCAGGACAUUGGCGGAAUAUGUUUGGAAUAAAAUUGGUCAUGUCCUGUAAUCUUUCACUUUGUUGCUAAUUUGCUAAUGCAGAGUCCUUGAUAACACAUUUCAGACUGAAUAUUCUGUACCUGCUGUCAAACUUGUCUUGCGUUUCUUUGCUGUUGGUGAAGUGGGGAUGUUCUUUCAAUAUGUAUGCAUCAAGUUGAGGGAGGGUACGUUUUGUUCUGCUAAUGUAAAAUGAUAUACAAGAAUUCAGCUCUUGUCUCCCAAGAUUGAUGUUAGAAGAUUCCUCCAUGUGCCUAUUUCUUUUUCAAGAACAAAUAGCUUCAAUUUAUUUGCUGUGCUAUCAUAAGGGAUGAGGCUAUCUUUGGGGAAAUGAAGCGACAGUUAUAGAACUACCCUUUUGUACAAAGUUGCAAUUCAGUUGGUUUGUUUACUUGUGUAAUUAUGGUUAGAAUAUAAAUGAUAGCCCUCACAUGAUUUGAAUGCCCUCAUGUUUUGGACUAUCUGGUGUACAGUUCAAUUAGGUUUCACCUUUCAGACUUUGGAUAUAAGAAUCAUUUUGAGAAAAGAUCUCUGACGUCUUUUCAGCAGUUUCUUUUUAUCAUAAUUUCCUGUAUGUGCCCAAUUAAGAUAUUUAUUAAAGCAAUCCAAAUUGUGUGGUUACUAGCAUUUUGGAAAUUGGUUUGAGAUCUUGUAUAAAUUAAAGACUACACAAUGGAGAAUUCCACAUAGAUAACACUGUUUUCAUCAGGUUCUGUGUACCACUUGCGAUACCGGUGGUCUCCUUCAGCAGGUGAAUACCAUUGAUCAUCCUGACGUAACCAGUGAUUUUCAAUAUACUCCCCCUCUCGAUAUUUUGUUUACGAGGUAGGAGUAUAGCAAAAACCUGAUCUCAGAUGACCAUUGAUAGUUUUUCCUCACCCGACCAUAUUUUGGCGGGACCAACCCACUGAUGAUGUCAUCUAAUCAUCAAUGACGUCACAGUACAUACAAGACUCCUGCCGUCACAUGACAUGAUGCACUCAAACAAUAUUUUCGGAAGACAACCAAAUUUUGACUCUUUGUCAUUCAUACAGCCAAACCAGUCGCAGCAGGUUGAGAUUAUCCUUAGCCUCGUUCCAUUCCAUUGAUAGACUUUCAAAAUACCUAUAAAAUAUUGACUAUUCGAAUGUGGGAUGCAGAUAAUAUAAUUAAUGUAUAAUGUUGCCAUGAUAAUAUAAAUCUAUGUACAGAA